AUGAUACCUCAUUCUUCUGCCGGCGUUCAAUCCUGGGGUCAGCCCCUUCACGCCGUUUAUAGCGGUACUGGACGUGCCGACCUUUCGCAGCCCCUGGGUCAGCCUGACCGUCAGCCCGAACAGCCGUCUAUGCCGGUGCCGCAACUACAAGGUAGACCACCGGCACUCAUCGAUCUGACAACGAAUGACGGUGAUGUGCUAGAGCGCGAACCACCGGCGAAGAGACUGAAAAUAGAUGUGCAUGCUGGGUCAGUAGCUGGUGAUGGAAGCCCAGCCUCUGCGGGUGUGGGAGAAUCAAAGAGUACUCCAAGUGCAACAACUUCGAAACCGCCUUCGCUGUCCUGGCGUGCACGUCCGGUGUGGUCAUUUCAAGCAUUACUCUCUGAGGUAUCUGGAAGCGCAGAGAUCAAUGGUGAAAGUGCAGCAGGUGUCGUGCAGGAUGUGAAGCCCCCACCACCGCCUUCAUUUCCUGGUCCACCUUGGAAGUUUGCUCCAGCAGAUACCAUAGCAAGUGAUUCCGCAGGAGCACAGGAUGGUGCACCGUCAAAGGAGGUGCAAACUACACCAUAUCAUAUUGAGACCCCUUCUGUUGCACCAGUUAUUAGAGGCGAGAAGGUUGCGGAUUUCUCCCCAUGGAUGGGCAAUCAUCCGGAAGACGUACUUAAUGAGCAAACGGCAAAGCAAGGAUACUACGAUCGCACGCAGGUGUCUCAAAAUGAGUCCAAUACAGCUCGCCCCUCCCUGUAUGCGCAAUUGAAACAUCGCUCUGGCUUGCAAAUACUGUCGUCGGUUUUUGCAGCCGCACUGGAGAAAAGACAGGGCCAUAACAUGGUCACUGCGCCGUCAACAUUCAAGCCCCCUCCGCGAGUCACGCUGACGGACAACAAACGUGAGGCCUGGCUCCGCGAUCUCGCGAAUCCGAAUGUCCCGCUGCGCAAACUUAGUCGAACCAUUCCUCAUGGUAUCAGAGGCAGAGUUCUUUUAGAUCAAUGCUUGACCAAAUGGGUUCCUGUCGGCCGUGCUGUGUGGCUUGCGAAGUGCGUCGGCGCCAACGAAAUCCGUGCUUUCAAAAGGAAAGGUACCAGUGGCGCAUUGGCCAUUGGCCUGGAAGCUAAAUGGGUGCGCGACUGGACUGCCAAUGUCCAACAGUUUCUCGAAGGUGUAAUCACUAGUUGUGGAGUAGCAGACUGGAAGAUGAAGAUGACUUACGCGGUCAGCUUGACCGCUCGUUUGUUCUUCGAGCAACUGCUUGACCAUGACCAGUAUCUCGGGUGGUUCCUCACAUCGCUGGAGGCAGCGCCAUUUAACACCUUGCCAGUCUGGCUUCUAAUGUUAGGAAUCUACUGGAGCAACAUACUGCGAUAUAGGAAGCGAGGACGGCGGCUCGCUGAACUCUUGCUUGACAAACUGCAAGUAGCUAUCAAGUCGGAUUCGGCCACAUCCCUUCGCCCGUUGACAGACCGAUUGUCACUGCAUAUCAGAAAACUAACUCUUGAGCAUACUUCAUCCAUGGUGCUUCCACAGUCAUGGGAAAAGUACAAAGAUCUCCUAUCGUCCUGUUUGGACCUAAACGACAAUGUGCAUAGAGCGGUCUUUCAAAACUUGGCUGAGCGAAAUGCGCGGGUGCAGAGGCCUCGGAAAUGUGAAGAGACAACACAACAACCGCCACAGCAACGCGUCAUCCAACUGUUCGACUCGAUAGGCUCUUCGAACGACAUCACAUCUGUUUCCGCUGCAUCUUUGGGUGCGAUAGAUGACAAGGCUGCUCUGGUUCUCAAACUGCUCGAGUGGGCAGCGACUCCGUUUCGCUAUGGUGUAUCUCGUGUUUAUACCGGCGCCCGCCUCCUGCGGAAAUGGAAGAUCGCUGGAGUCGACGUGGAUACCAGCAUCAUUUCCUUCCUUGGCGAGAGUCAGAUGAGAGACCAAUUGAAUAUGGACAACAUCUAUCAUAUCGUCUCUGAGCUCGUCAGAUCCCAGACAUUUUCGGUUGGAAAGUACCUUCAGUGGUUGAUGGCAAAGGGGGUUGCAGAUUUUCCCCAAAACUCCGACCAUCAGCCCCUUUCGGGGGACCUUGCACUUCUCAUGCAGCUCCCUGUGAGCCGUCUUCCUGAGCAUGUACACAACCUCCGUAACACUCUGCUGCAUCGCGCCGGAGUCGAAGUGUCGAAAGAGUCUUCUACCAUCGCCAUACUCAAGGCAUCAAUAGCCGAACGUCUCCCAAGGAUCUUUGGUUCUGUCGCGACAAGUGCAGUAUCCCGUGACCCUUUACCGUCAGAUCUGACCUGGGCCGUGAAAUCUGAGCUUGGUCAGUGGAUUCGGCGUGGAGUUACUGAGUUUGGGCGGGAUCCUCGUCGCGCAUUUCAGGAUCUCCAUUCCGCCCCUAGCGCAGAGCACUUCGCACUCACCCCUGGCGAAUUCUAUACCGUCAGGGAUAUUUUGGAAAGUUUCGGCGAUCUUUCAAUUCUUGCGGACGUACUCAAGCAGGCCACCGUUUGCAAUGACGGAAUUGUUUUGGCAUCCGCUGCCGAUACAGUCAAUUAUCAUUUUCGUUCUUUCUGUGUUAUCGGUGCUACAACCGAUCUUUUCAAGAGAUUGGUAGAGUCAUAUGCCCGUCUCAAACGGCUUGGAUCGACCUCCUUGGACUUGAUCUUCUCAUUGAUAGACCUUGGGCUUCGGCUACCCGGAGAGCUCAAUACAGUUGCUCUUCUCCGUCAGGACCUCUCCCGGAUUGAAAGCAAAUCAUCUAUGGCAGCACCAUCACCACUGUCUGAUCACAUACCCUCUUCUUUCAAUGAAACCGAUCCGCUCUUUCUGUUGAAGCUAGACCAGCUCCUCUCGUCCGCAAGUGGUAUAGAUGAGUCCACGUUGGAUACGAUUUUUAACCUUCUCAUCAAACAAAUAGAAUCCAGCGGUGGUCAUGCUAAGCUCUCGGUGAAUGAAACAUGCAGGUAUUUGUCGUACCUCAGACCUUUUCAUCCCAAGCGUUUCGACAUCAUGAUAGUCCGCUGGAUCUGUGGCCUUCUCAGAUCCACCACCGGAGGGAUACUGUCCCAAGUCCUGCCUCCUUUGAUCGGCGUUGGAUGCGUUACCAUUCAAGCCUUCGUGUUCCUCGUACGAAGGCUUCUCAAGUCCGAGAAUAUGAUGUCCAACCAAAGAGAUUUGCGCAUAGAUCUUCUUCAGCUUCUUGUACCUCCACCGGCAGGUCAGAGUCGAUAUUUCGACAUGGUCACAUAUCGCUUCCAUCUGUCACGGAAAGAAUUUUUGUUCAAGCACCCUGAGGAGGUUUUCGACAUUAUUCGGGAUGCUAUCGCCUUGAUUGAUUCGCAAAGCCAAGAAGGAAACUAUCGACAAGUGGAUCUAGGUCACAGUGCGAUGGUACUCCUUCAGAUUUUGCUCACCAAGAAUCCAGAAAGUGCUGUUAAGCACUGCACAGAGAAACUGAUUGGUCAGCAUCCGUCUGCAGUGACAGUUUUGACAAGAGCGCUCGAUUCCCUUCUGGGAUUGGAUACCAAAGCAGGUGAGCGCUUAUUCACUUCAAAUGGUUCUUUUAUCUUCAUUACCAUUGACACUGGUCCAGCGGCCCCAGACAUAUCUGUUGCUGAAAAGGUCAUCGAACUGACCAACGAUUUCUCCCUUCCUUUCUGUCGAUUGAAGCUCCAGCUUCUAUUCAACGCGGAGACUAAGGGCGAUGUGAGAAAUGAGAUAGUGGACGUGAUGUUCAAAGCUGCAGUUGCAGACUCUCGCUCAAGACGAUCCAACUGGGUGGGACUGGUUCGUCUGAUGAGCCAUGAUGCAGUCCGACAGAUUCGAGAACGAGCCGAGAAAAAUUUCUUCGCUAUACCCUUGUUUGAGGAGUCACCCGAUGGCUGUUCGUCAUUUGCUGCAGACAACAGCAGCUCACUCGAAACGGCGAAACUGUACCUGGCGAUCAUCGAGAAGCUGGCGUAUAGCAUUCCCGAUGUGGGCCCACAGGCUGUUGUCCCUGUCCUCACCGAGAAGAUGGAUUUACUGCUCCAAAGACUUAUCACCAUGCAAGCGAACUACAGUGGUACUACUGAGCUUAGUCAUGGAGUUGACGCAGAACAUAUGAUCCGAUCACGCACGCAGUUCGAGAGAGCCCUUGCGUUCUGGUUCUCUGCGUUGCUCAGGAUGAUUGUCCUUCAUCGAACUGCUUUCAGUGUGCCAUCAGCCGCAGUCAGACCCAGCGCAUUGCCAGAGCAAACGCGCUUGCUGAUAUCGAUAUUCUGCAUAACUCUCGCGCGUCUUCCAGAUAGUGUGUUGCGACUCUUUCCAGCGGCCGACUACUUUCCCCACUCGAUGACGGCAGGAGAUUGUCGUCCUUGUCCGGGUAUCCUGCUGCAGACGCAUGCCCUGGAUGUUGCAGCAUCCCUGAUUGAUACGUUUCCUGAUGAAGCCCGUCAUCAAUGCGCUCGCUAUUUGAGGGAGAAAUGCCCUCCUUUCGCUCGAGUUCAGAAUGACUCGCGCUUCCUCUACCUUCUUGGUCCCCUUGGCGAUAGCCCAUCUUCUAACAUUACACUUCCUGUAUCCAUUCCAUCACCUGCUGCUUCUGGCUCCACUCCCGCCCCUACUCCUUCGGGUAAUCCCACAGGCGGGUUCUCUCACCCCCAACAACCUGCAUUCGUUUCAGGUGUGCCGACUGGACUGCCAGAUGGCUUGAACUGCGCUGCUAGCCAUCUUUGUCUUCAAUACCGUGGCCGGGCCAUUGGAGCUUACCCUGUACGUCCAUGGGAACUCCUCGAAGACGCUGCCCCCAUUGCUGGUACCAACGACACUGCAGUCAGUCUAGGAUACUUUGAUGCCCGGCGUGUUAGGGUCUAG